UGCCACAGCGCCACAGCCAGCAGAAGCGGUCACCGACACGUGCGCAGAGCGGAGCAGCGGCACACCAGAGCGAGGGGAGGGUAACGGCACAGCAACGCAGCAGGAGGUAAACUACAGUCAGCAGCGACACGAACAGUUCGCACAGACUCGUGUUUUGGUGGUGAAAAUAGACUGCGCCUGCACCAAACGCAGGUUGCGGGGUGCUGCUGUAACAUGUCAUCAUCGGCUGACCAGCAACAACCAGCGGACGCCAGCAGCACCAGCACCAGCACCAGCACCAGCUCGUCGACUUUCGAAGCGGCGAAGAACGGAGAUGCGGAUUUCAUCCAGGCGGCCAUUCUGGAUGGGGUGGACGUGAACAAGAGGGACAGCAACGGGGAGAGGCGAGUGCGUGCGUUGCAGAGUCGUACAUGUAGCAUACCGCUACUGCGGUAUCCUACCACUUCGUAA